AUGGUAUCCGCAAAGAAGCCGUACUUUGGCCUCACCGGGGGGUGGCUUACCUUUUGGUUGACGGUAGCAUGUGGUACCGAUAUGACCUUGUUCGGAUACGAUCAGGGUGUCUUCAGCGGCGUUGUGGUGACACAAGACUUUCUCGAACUUCAUGAUCUUGUCGGUCCCACCAAAACGAAGACGCUAUCAACGGUCACCGCCAUUUAUGAUGUUGGUUGCUUUCUUGGAGCAAUUCUUGCAUUCAGUUUCGGAGACCGACUAGGCCGAAAGAAGUCCAUUCUUUGGGGCACGGCAAUAAUGGCAAUCGGGACCAUCCUCCAGGCGUCCUCGUACAGUUUAGCCCAAAUGUUUGUGGGCCGAGUGGUUCUAGGAAUUGGCAAUGGGAUCAACACAGCGACGGCACCCAUUUGGCAAACGGAAACAGCCCAGGCCAAAUGGAAAGGUAAAUUGGUCAUUUUCGAACUCGGACUCAAUGUCGGCGGAUACUGCAUCGUCAACUGGAUUAAUUACGGUCUUUCCUUCCAUGAAGGAGCUAUCGCGUGGCGGUUGCCAAUUGCUCUGCAAUUUUUCUUCAUAUUUGUGCUGUUUCUCACGAUCCCCUGGCUUCCUGAGUCUCCUAGAUGGCUUAUCUCGCAUGGCCACAAAGACGAGGCUAUUCAGGUUAUCGCUUGCAUCGAGGCGAAGUCUGUUGACGAUCCGUAUGUUACAACUCAGCAUGAUGAGAUCAAGUUCAGUAUCCAGUAUGAGCGAGAACGGGCUAUUCGAUGGCGGGACCUUCUGCGCGGAGCCAAGUCAGACGGCACCAAGACCCUCCGAAGAUUACUUCUGGGCGCUGGGACACAGGCCAUGCAGCAGUUCCAAGGAAUCAACAUCAUGAGUUAUUAUCUCCCCCUAGUGCUCAUAAACUCCGUCGGACUGUCAAAUAGUAUGUCGCGACUCCUGACAGCCUGCAACGCGACAUCCUACUUUUUCUUCUCGUGCAUGGCAGUCACCAUGGUGGAACGAUUCGGCCGAAGAGGGCUGAUGAUGCUCUCUGGCUUCGGCCAGUUUGUUUCAUUCCUGAUCAUUACUAUUCUCCUCAGCCUUGCCGAGAAGAAUCGAGUGUACGCCACCGCAUCAGUUGCCUUUUUCUUCUUGUAUCAUGUGGCAUUUGGAAUCGGCAUGCUGGGUGUGCCCUGGCUGUACCCGACUGAAAUCAACUCCCUAUCCAUGAGAACCAAGGGCGCGGCAGUCUCGACGGCGACGAACUGGAUAACCAACUUCGCCAUCGUCGAAAUCACACCCAUCGGGAUUCAAAAUAUCGGAUGGAAAUUUUGGAUCGUGUGGACUGUUAUGAAUGCCGUCUUCCUGCCGACAAUUUACUUUUUGUAUCCUGAGACAGCAAACCGGACGCUGGAAGACGUUGAUGCCUAUUAUCGUUCUAAUCCGCCCCUGAUCGUGGUCGGUGACCCGGAUGCCACUUCAACAAAGCGUCCUCUCAGGUUCAUCGAACACGAAGACGAAGAGGUUCAGCGCAACGCGAAGCAAUCCCAGUAUGGGGGCACUUUGAAGACUGGAGACUCGCCUAGCGUGGAGCAUGUAGAUUAGACGUAGACCCAAAGUAAUGGUGGCACAUUUUGAUU